AUGACCGCGGUGCCGUGGCCGUCGGUCCCGAACGGGACGGAUGCCGCCUUCCUGGGCGGCCCCGCGUCGGUGUCCGCGCCUUGGGGCAACGGCUCGGCCGCACCACCGGCCGCCGCGUUUCGCUGCGCACUGACCAAGACCGGCUUCCAGUUCUACUACCUGCCGGCCGUGUACAUCGUGGUGGCGGUGGUGGGGCUCGUGGGCAACAGCGUGGCCAUGUGGAUGUUCGUGUGCCACCUGCGGCCGUGGAGCGGCAUCUCGGUGUACAUGUUCAACCUGGCGCUGGCCGACUUCCUCUAUGUGCUCACGCUGCCGGCGCUGGUCUUUUACUACUUCAACCGCACCGACUGGGUGUUCGGCGACGCGCUGUGCCGCCUGCAGCGCUUCCUCUUCCACGUGAACCUGUACGGCAGCAUCCUCUUCCUGACCUGCAUCAGCGCGCACCGCUACAGCGGCGUGGUGCACCCAUUGCGCUCGCUCGGCCGCCUGCAGCGCGCGGGAGCCGUGCGCGUCAGCGCGCUCGUCUGGCUGCUGGUGGCCGCCGCCAUCGCGCCCAUCCUCUUCUACUCGGGCACCGGCGUGCGCCCCAACAAGACGGUCGCCUGCUACGACACCACCUCCGACGAGCACCUGCGCGGCUACUUUCUCUACAGCCUGUGCACCACCGUGGCCAUGUUCUGCGUGCCGCUCGUGCUCAUCCUGGCCUGCUAUGGUCGCAUCGUGCGCGCGCUCGUGCGCAACGACCUGGACCACUCGCCGCUGCGCAGGAAGUCCAUCUACCUGGUCAUCAUUGUCCUCGCCGUCUUUGCCGUGUCCUACAUCCCCUUCCACGUCAUGAAGACCAUGAACCUGCGCGCCCGGCUGGACUUCCAGACCCCGGAGAUGUGCGCCUUCAACGAUCGCGUCUAUGCCACCUACCAGGUGACCCGCGGGCUGGCCAGCCUCAACAGCUGCGUGGAUCCCAUCCUCUACUUCCUGGCAGGGGACACGUUCCGCAGGAGGCUCUCCCGGGCCACCAGGAAGGCCUCCCGGAGGAGCGAGGCCAACCUGCAGUCCAAGAGCGAAGACCUGACCCUCAACAUCCUCUCCGAGUUCAAGCAGAAUGGAGACACCAGCCUGUGA